AUGUCAGGAACAGUUAAUAAGAGCACACCAAACAAGAGGUUUGAAUCGAAAUCGAUUAACCACAUUCGUUCUUACUCCUCAGUCAAGCAGAUUGAAGGAUUUUUGUUAUCAUUUUCAUUCGUAAACAUUUUGUACCAAUAUACUAUUAGUGUUACUAAUUUUGCUAACACCAAGUUGUCUUCGAUUGGUGUCGUCUACGAUAGUUUAACUUUUGUUGAUGAAAAGUUUGAUGGCAUUGUUUUGUCGAAAGUUGAUUGGGGUUUAAAAAAGGCACCAUCUGGUGACCAGUUGAACCCAGCGGUAUACGCAAAAGGGGCCUAUAACUAUGUUAAUGCCAGUAUUUUGAGACCAAUUAACAAUUUCAUCUACAAAGCGGGUGAUAAGGUUUUGCCAGCAACCGAUCAAGAAAAUAAGGCGGCUUUCAAGUUAGAGGAGUUAGACGAAUCAUCCGAGGUAUCUAAAUUUUUCAAGAUUGUCAAUGAGUUUGUUUCUAGAGCCAAGACGUUUGUUUCUAACAAAUCCAACGAUGUGUCUAAUAACUUGAUUUCCACUUAUAACAAUGAGUUGAACACCAUGAACGACGAAGCAUCUGUCUACAAGAAGAAGCUCGUGGCAAGCUACAAUACCGGAUACAGAUUUGUGAGCGACGUCAACAACCAGACUCAAGAAUACGUUGCUGAUGUGGCUACUACCACCAGAAAUAAGGCCGACUCGCUUAUUUCUGAUGCCAAGCAAGGCAUUUCUGCCAUUAACGAGAAGGCCAACGAAAUCCGUAAUGAGAGUGCUGAGUUAUUGAACGGGUCGUCGAAUUCCAAUCAAGCACCAGUUGUCAGUGCCUCGGCAUAA